UCUCUGUUUCUUUAUUUAUAUAUAGACUCUGCAUCUUCUCUCUGUUUCUGCAUAAUUAAUUUGGCUCGAAACUCUUCGAAAAUGCAAUGCUCUCUCUUUGUUUCAAUUAUUUCUUCAUAGAUUCUCUGUUCCGAGUCAACUCGUUCUCUGUUUUUGUGUAUGCAAGGAUGGCCGCCACCAUGCACGCCAAGAUGAACCGCAGGAAUCUCAACCAGAUCGACCUCAUCAGAAUCUGCGAAGAGAUUCUGAAUCCAAGAGCUCCUAUGGCUCUCCGACUCUCCAGUAUUCUCAUGGGUGGAGUCGUCAUCGUCUACGAACGUAAAGUGAAGCUCCUAUUUGAUGAUGUGCACCGUCUUCUGGAUCAAUUAAACGAAGCAUGGAAGAAGGUGAAAUCCAACACAGACUCCACUAUCCUACCCAAACGGAGAGCUCAGGCCAAGAAAGAAGCAAUAACUCUGCCUGAGGCUGAGCAUGAAGAUACAGAUCUUGUUGGUGACAUCGAGCAGUCUCUUGAUUUCUCUCACCAUGCCACGCUUUUCCACCAGCAAACCGGCUAUUUUCUCAUGCAAUUGGAUAGUGUAGAUGUGGGAGAAACACUUAACGAUAAUGCAGUGGAGGGAGAUCAACAUCAGAACUUACAUCAAGCUGAUCCUGAGGAUAUCACAUUGCCUAAAUGUUAUGAUCCAUCAGAUGCACAUGCAGAUUUGUUCAACUGUCGCUUUGAGAGAUUUGAAAUUGAGGGAGAUGACGUAGACCUCACAUCAGGAGAGCCCACACAUAUUCGACCACCUUCUCCAAAUUAUCUAAUACCUUCUCCACCUCGUCAAGACCAGCAUCAGGAAAGACAGCAGGCUAAUAAUGUGUUUGAUGAAGUGCUGCAGAUGCAAGAUGUUCAAGAGAAUGCUCAACAGAGGCAGAGGCCUAUAAGGAGGAGAAAGAGAAAAACACCUGCCUCUGUAAUGGAUAAUGACCAACAAUCCAUCCUGCUCAUGUUGGAGGAGUUAAGCAUACUCAUGUACAUUCCAUGUACUGUCCUCAUUUUGUUCUCUUUGUUGCAGCCCAAGAACAUAAUGUCUACUAUGAAGAUUGGUAAACUCAUGGAGCAGCCAGCUAGUGUUCUCAUGGGUCGUUUAUUUAAACCCGGAAGUGGAGAAACAUAUUAUCCAGCUCCUCUCUUAGAGCUAUUCAAGGAAAAACAUACCCAUGACUCACCUUCAGCAUUAACCUCGCCACCUCUGCCUCCAGAACCAUCAUCAUGGUCACCACCUGAAAAACAAACUUAUCACGACCCGUGGAGGUGGCUCCCAGUCAUUUGUAACCCCACAGAACAGAUACGGACAAAUUUAGUUAACAAUGACGUAACACUACAACCUGAACUCAUGGAUAAACUGAAAGCCAAUCCUAAUGGCAUGAAAGGAGCUGAUACCAACCCGGCAACACCAAGAAAUUCUGGCGAUGAGAGAAGAUCCAUCCUGAGCUCCUCAUCUGGAAAGGGAGUUAACAGAAACAGUUCAGAAGUCAAUUCUGGACGGAAGAGGCGUUAUUCAUCUAUACAUAGCAAUGAUGGACUUGAACCAGUAUUAGAGGAUAAUGGAUGUCAGCAUUCUGAUCCAAACUUCAACGUAAUAAGGUUAUCUGGAAAUGGCCCAACACCUGAGCAUGAAUUAUUGAUGGAAACUGGACCGACACAGACACAACAACCUAUCAUCAAUCAACCACUGGAAAAAGUGACUGAUGCCAUUCGAAUGGAACUGAAAUCCCAUUUUGAAAUACCGGGUGGCCCUCAAGUAGAAUCCCUGAACAAACUGACUGCUGGAAUGAAUCGAAGAGGAGCGGCUAUGCUUUUCUAUCAAACUUGUGUUCUUGCUACUCGUGAUUUCGUAAAAGUUAAACAAAUUGCCCCUUAUGAGGAUGUUCUCAUUACUAGAGGACCAAAUAUGUGAUAGAGAGCUCGUGCUGGAAUGAGGAAAGUGAUGCUGGUUAUUGAAGAAAGUUGACAUUGCUCCUUACGUGGAAGCUGAUGCUAGUGUUGGUCUAAUUAUCCUUUUUUGAGUUCUAAUUUUGAAAGAUUAGAUACACCUGAUCUAAUUAUCCUAUUUAUGGUGUAGUCAGUAUUUAAGAACUGCUACUUUAUUGCAAUGGGCUGAUUGCUGUUCUUCCGGCAGCUCCAUUGUGAUUCAGUUAUGCGUUAGAUAUUCGGAAGUAGUUUUAAUGGUCUUGUUUGAUAUAGUUCAGUAUAAUUGAUCAA